UGAAAAGAUCAUGAAGAAGAAGAAGAAGGGGGACUCCUCGGAGGACUUCACCCACGAGGGUAAGCACACAUGGUGCCCGGAGAUGGAGAAGAAGCUCAUGGGGGAGCUCGAGGAGAAGGGCGCCGACACCACCGCCAAGAAGGAUGCGUGCAUGGCCCACCUGGUGACGACGGACGACUGGGGGAAACUCUGUGCCGCCGCAGGCAAUCCAGGGCCCGUGUGCAAGACGGCCUGUAAGAAGGUAAGCGGCUGACCUGGGGAGAGGGAGAGGGGGGAAAGGGCAGACAGCCUGAGAGCAUGAGAGGGGAGGGCCCUAUGGGAGGGCCACGAGUGUGUGUCCUACGGCCCGGUCAUGGAUGUGUUGUGGGCCAUCGACCUUCUCUCUGUCCACUGCCUCUGUGUCUCCGUCGGCUCUGUGUGUGUGUGUGUGCAGCGCCUGACCUUCAUCAAGAAACACCUGGCCGACUACGAGUGGGCGCAUGACAUCCUCGGCAAGAUCGACGCCAAGGCUUUCCGCAGCCGCACUUUCAACGCCAAGAAUGAGAUGAUAGCGUCGGUCAAGACAGAGGAGGAAGGGAAGGUUCGCGGCAAUGUCGACAACAUGGGGCGGCUGGCGACCGACACCACAGUCGACGCCUCACCGCUCAACCGCUCGACUGACGGAACCGCGCCACUCGACAGCACACGCCAGAGCAAGAGCUGCUCGGGGGGUGAGACAUACACACACAGAGAGAGGAUGGGAUGGCUGUGGCUGUCUCCGUGUCUCUGGGGUUCUCUCACUGUGGGCCCAUUCUUGUGUGUCUGUGGUGCAGAUUCUGUUGCUGAGGAGGUCAAGCCGACGACGGACGGCAAGGACACAAUCAAUGAGACACACAAAGGCCAGAUCAUGUGUCCUCCCUCUCUGUGUGUGUGAUCGAUCAGAUGGGAUUGUCAUAGAGAAGUCUCUGGCUCUCGAGGACGGUGUUGACAAAGGCGCUGCCCAGCCGCUGAGCCGCUUCGGGCGGCAGCAGAGAAAGAAACAACUCGGCACUGACGGUCAGGCAAAGAGACACACCAAGGGCCACCGCCACCUGCUGUCUCCCCUUUGCAGAGGUGGAUCCGUUCACCGCGCCCGUCGUGGCGACCACCCCGGCUGUCAAGAUGGCCAAGAAGACACGUGCGGUGACAAGACGCCAGCCGUCCAAGCCGCCCCGCUCGCCCAAACGCAGUGUGCCGAUGGCCUUGGAGCGGCCUUGGAAGCCUGAGCUCUUCGAGAUGCAGCCGAGACAGUAUGUGCGAUUGUACACUGACUCUGACUCUGACGAAGACUCGCAUUUCGGCCGUCAAUCGCACAAACGGACAGAUAGCUGUGAUGAAGCUGAAUUGGUGAUGCUGCAACUGGCGCCCGACACACUGUUGCCCAAGACGGCCUCCGCCAACCCCUCAAAGUUUGAAAUGGCCCAAACUGACCUGAAGGAGCGUGGUGAGUCCGCCAGUGCCGGCCAGCAGACACACAGCAGCCCGCCCACAGUCAUCGAGUUCGAUGACCGGUUCGAUCCCCCCAAAGACGGCAAGUCGUACGUAUUCCCUGACAUCGAGUGGCGUCGCUUCGAGGAGCGCCGCUACGACAAGGACAACAACUGCCUCUACAUUGGUCGCCACUUCGACAGAUUCGAUCCGGAUGACUUCAUCGAGCUGACCAAGAUCUUCGACACGCGAUGCAGCAAGAAGACGGGUGGGGAGAGUGAUGCCGCCGAGCAACCGGCGGGAGGACAUAAGGGGCCGCCCAGCUGGGCCGAACUGCAGGCCGCCCUUAACGAGAACGAGAAGAAGCGGAGACGCCCCUGGGAGGGAGAGGACAGCUUCCACCCGCGAGUGGGCGUCCAUCCACACGCACAUGGGCUGGGCUGCGGCCUCGGUCGUUUCAAUGAAGAGGUCACUGACAGACACACAGAAGGAGACACAUACCGAGCCUCCAAGAGACUCUCUUUCUCUCUCUCUCUCUCUCUCACUGCUGUUUGUGCCUUCAGUUUUUGUUUGGCUUGGAGGAUAAGCAGAGAGGCUUCUGCAACCACGGAUCCAUGUCGCUGCAGGACGGUACACACGCAAGACAUCACCCCAGCCGUCCCCAUCUCUCAUGGUGUCUCCCUGCCUGUCUGUCUGCUGAUUGCUGGCCUUGUCGUCUUCAGGUGGUGGCGCCGACACGCUCGAGCCGCCAGCCAAGAAGAGCCGCACCGCUACCAGCGCCGCCGCCUUCAUGAGCAGCUACUCGGGCUCGUCCUUUGGCCGCAGGGAGUCCAUCCUCUCGCAAGACGACGAUUCGAUGGGCGAUGGCGGCACCAAGGGCAGCACUUGGGGGCCCCACCCGUGGCUCAGCCAGGAGCCCCUGGUGCGCAACUGGAAUCUCGACCCGGACCACCCGGACAACCGCCCCCUGCCGCCCGAGAUGCGGCUGGACUUGGAGGCCCGCGCCCGAGAGAUCCGGGAGUCACAGAUGCGAUACGCUGACGCAAUCGCCGCCGGCAGCUUAGACUGGGGCGACGAGAACAACGAGAUGGUGACCUGCGGGGCGGAGGGCGCUGCUGCUGCUGCUGCUGCUGGUGGUACGGGCGGAUGGAGAUCGAGCUGUGAGCAGAGUGCUGGAGGGGGAGAGGGGGGGAGGGGGGCGAGUGAAUGGGCUGGGAGGGGCGAGUGUGAAGGGUUGGGGCCUGCGUGGACAAGGAGGGCCGGGGGAGAGACACCCACACAGAGAUGA